UGCUGCUGGUGGUACUGCUGGAGGAACACUCCCUGUAUCUCGUGCGCUCUCCUGGCACCUCGUGCUCCUCCUCUCCGAAGAAUUGAGCAGAAAUCAGGUGUAACCUGCAAGAAUCGUACGUGGUGUUGUCGCCGGAUACCGACCACCCGACAGCACACCAUGGGAGAUGCGGCGCCCGUAAGCAGAUGGGCUCAGCGCAAGCAGCAGCGCGAGAUGAUGUACGCCACAAGCAGCGAUGCAAUUCAGGGAGUCUUCCGCAAGAAGCAGAAAGCGGCCAAGAACAUGGUGUGCCAGAAGUGCCUGCAAGUUGGGCAUUGGACAUACGAGUGCAAGGGCAAGGCCACGUACAAGGCGCGCGUGUCGAGGACCGAAAUCCUUGAGAACCCCGACCUCAAGCCCAAGUUCCACCUCGACCUUCCCCCCGGCAAGGAAAAGGACGCCAAAGAUGACGCCGACGCAACAGCGGCUGCUGCCGGCGCCAAGGGAAAGCUCGGCAAGAAGCGGCGCAGGAGAGAUAGCAGCAGCAGCAGCAGCAGCAGCAGCAGCAGUAGCAGCAGCAGUAGCAGCAGUGGGAGCGACAGUGACAGCAGCAGCAGCAGCAGUAGCAGCAGUGGGAGCAGCAGGUGA